AAUGCAUGUGCUCAGUCUGUCAGCAGCGUUCGUCGAAGGCAGAAGUGCCUGCUAUACUUUAAUGUUAUUAAUUUUACCCCUUCUACUACCGCAGUCGGUCGUCACACCCACUCGUUUUAAUACCAGAAGCGCGCGGUUUUUUACUUCUCAUUUUUGCGGUAUAUUUCUUCCGCCUUUACGGUUAAGUGCGAUUUAGAUUCUUUUUUCGGUUUUGCGGCUUGCUCGUUGAGCCGCGAGAGGAAGUUGCGGCAAUUGAAGCAAGCGGUAUCUAAUUUCCAGCUAGACGGAAGACCGCAUGGCUUGCUGAGUUCGGUUUCCAUUUUGUCACGGAGCUUCUGCAUGAGGAUAAAGAGUGCUCAGCCUGGAGAAAGGUCGAAAAACUGCUCAAGCAUCGAGCCAAUGAAGAGUGGAUGCAGUUAAAUAUAGAUUUUCCGCCUUCUGAGUGCUGUUCGUAACGAGUGAUGAGGAAAAGUGGAAGAAAAAAUAAUCAAUCGAUUUUUAUACGCGGUGGUGAACGGUGCACGAAACUAGAAGAUAGAGAGUGAGCGGAUUUGAAACCGAGUUAAAAUUACGCUUGGCGCGGUUGUAUAGCUGCUGUAGUGUCCGCUGCAAUCUGUGGAUGCAGUAAAUUCACGACAUUUGCAUUUGGAUUCAAUUCAGAGUGGUGUGGGCACAUGAAAGGAGAAAGUGGAAUCAUUUCCGCGACGCUUAGCCAACACUCGUCGAAACAGUUGUACUGAGUUCACAAUUUUGGCUCAGGAAGCGAUGGCAAACAUUGACUUGGGAUCAGAGCGAAUACCGAGGAAUAGAUUAGCCAAAACCUGUCGACAAACUAGUAUCCUACAAAAUAAAUUUAAGCAUCAUCAUUGCAAAUCAUUUAACGAACAAAGGAAGCGCUAAAUUAUCCACACGGACUUGGGAACCGAUGCUGAGUGUGAAGAAGAUACAGAAAGAAGGCUGGAACUGCGCAGACUCUCUUUUGCCUGGACCUACCGAAUCAGAGCAGACCACGAAUCAAGCUUGAUUGCAUGUUUAGUGAAUGAAAUUUCACGGGGGAUAUCCACCUAACAGAUCAUCAUUCCCGUUUUGUAGUUGCACAUCUUCUCUCUUCUGCUUUGCAUCUCCGAGAAGCGACCGAUCGAUGUGCAGGAGAGUGGUCCUGAGAGAACAAAAGAUACACAAAAACGCAGAGGUACAAACGGAAAACGAAAGAUAAAGAAUCACAAUCAUCAAAACGUUCUUCAGUACAGCAGCAACAUCAUAUCGAGAGUUUUACCACUGAGAAUCUCUUUAGUUAGUUCAAAAGCACAGAAGAAUACAGAACGGAGUACCACGUGGUCGUGAGCUACGUUCAACUCGUGUGAGCUCCCGUUCUGUGUCUACCGUCGAGAGCGCGACUUCGAUUUCGGGGGGACACUUGGAGAGUUCCCGAAAGAAAGUGAAACCGAGCGCGCGUGAAAGUGUGUCGACGUCCACAACAAAGCUGAAUUUCUCUCGACCGAUACAAUAGCUAACAAUAAGCUACCAGCACGCCGCCAGUGGACGACAGUGUGUGAAUCCUAACAAAAGCUCUUCACAGUUGCGGGAAAGAAGAUACGGAAAAAUAGAUACGGCCUGUGAAGUGCGGUGGUGAUAUAAUCGAAAAAGAGCAUCAUCUCUCGGUGGACUGCAGUGGCUUAGCUAACCGCAAGAAGAAACGACCGAGUGGUGCGAAAGGCCUGUGUGAAAGUGCACUUCAAGUGGUGAAAUACUGUUUUCUCAAAUGUGAAAAGUGUUGGCACUCGGAUCGAUAGUUCAUUGAGUCCCAUAUUCGAGGAAACCCCCCCACUAGCGAAAUGUCCCUGGAGAUGCUGUUUUUGGCGGCCGUCGUUGCCGUUGCCGUGUUUGGUUACGUUCUGUUCGUUCGGAUUCGGACGCGAGAAAAGGAUGACGCAUCCAACCGAAACGAAAAGAACGACGAUCGCAAACAGAAGCAGCAUGGCAGCGGAACAGGUGAACUGGGCAGUGCUGCUGCAGCUGCAGCUGCUUCCGGUGGUGGCAAACCCAGCCGGAAAACCGCAGCAUCCAACGCGGCAACCACCGUCAAGAAGCAACGCACGGCCGACGCCAACUAUCAGCACCCGUGGCUGUAUACGACUCUCAAAGGACACACCGGACAGGUGUACGAUAUGGACUUCUCCAGAAAUGGGAAAUAUUUGGCGACAUGUGCAGAAGAUUCGCCUUCAGCGCAGUCGAGCAGCGGCAAUCAUUUAAUUAAUGGCAAUAUUAAUGAAAAUGAUGAACAAAAUGCUACCACACGCACGCUAUCGCCGGCGUCGUCAUCGGCGUCGUCUUCGGCCUUCAGCGUCGUGAGCGAUGGUAAAGUGACCAGCGACGAUACUGGCAGUUGUUCGGGUAGUAGUAGUGGAAUCAAUAGCAGCAUUGGCAGCAAUUGCAGUGGGCGCAGCAGCGGCAGUAGUAGUAGUGGUGGCAGUACCCGUGGUGAAGAAUCACCGAAUGGUCAAGGUGCCAGCAAAAAACAGCGCCGAUAUACCAAAAAGAAACAACAGUAUAAAAAGUCGAGCACCGGCAACGGUGCUAAUGGCGUAACCACCAACAACAGCGGUCAUACUACGAACAGUGGGCACAAGACGCAGUCUACUUUACGCCCAUCGUCACCCUCUGCUAGUGACGAUUCUACCAACACUCUGCAAGAUGAUCAUCACCUUACGCAAACGACGUAUUACUAUGGUUCGAUAUCACCACCUUCUAGCCCAUCAACGAAAGUGAUUUCAUCACGGCCGGUUGGCCACAACGAUCAACAGGUUUUGAACGGUUCAAAACACUCAUCAUCCUCAUCUCUAUCUUCUUCGCCGUCGUUGUCGUCGUCGUCGUCAUCUUCACCAACUUCAACUAUCAAGAUUAACAAAAACACGAGCUACCAAGGUCGCCUGGAUUUCAGCAGCCGAACGGGUAUCGCUCAGCAACGCGCCGACAAAAAAUACAACCAAGGAAAUGCUGGCAACGGUCAUCAUGCGAGCUCAUCCGUUAACGCCAACGCCGCCGCCGGUGUAACAAAAAAUGCGGCAAACACUUCACCGCUCCGCCAAUACGUCAAGCUGAAUCUAAGCGAGAAUGAUCUCGUCAAGUACCUUCGCAAGUACGUGCUCGAUAAGGACGUGAUGAAACAGCUCGGAUUCCCCGUCGAGUACGGUCUGGACAUGGAUAAAGCUAUAAUCUAUAAAUUUCCGCACGACUUCUUCCGUCCCGCUCAAUUCUACCCACCUGCGGGGGAAGAAAAGAAACGUGCCCAUCAUGAGCGGAUAGUGGCGGCGAGCGACAAAAGUGACGAUAACGACAGUGGUCAAAGCAGCGGCACAUCCUCGCCGACCAAUGUGGACGACAAUGACGCACUGCUCAUGUAUCGACUUUCGUCGAAGUCUACGUCACUUCAGUCGCCCCUUAGCGACAUGCAACUGCAGCCGAGUGAAGAGCGAGAGUGCUGUCGCUGUGGGAAAGGAUUCUUCAUCACACUGGAUGGGGAAUACUUGACGCAAGAGCACUGCAUUUAUCACUGGGGCCGAAUGACGAGGGUUUACGCCGGUUCAGAGUUCAAGAAGGUGUACUCGUGUUGCAACGGAGAAACGGACGUCAAAGGAUGCACCAUCAAUAAAUUGCACGUUUGGACCGGCUUGUUGUCCGGAUUCAAUGGUCCAUUCGAUGGGUUUGUGAAAACGGAACCCUCGCCACGAAAGUUGAAGAAGUUUGAGAAGAUGCUGAUGAACAAAUUCUACUACCAGAAUAUGAAUCUUGAUUGCUUGGAAUUGCAACCAGAGGACACACUAGAGGAUGACGAGAGCGAAGGCGUUUAUGCCCUCGAUUGCGAAAUGUCCUAUACUGGUAGAGGUCUUGAACUGACCAAGGUGACUGUGGUCGCCGUUGAUGGUAGUCUAGUCUACGAGAAGCUCGUCAAACCAGACAUUGAAAUUGUCGACUAUAAUACUCGCUAUUCUGGCGUAACCGAGGCGGACUUUUCCGACCCACGCAAUUACGCCACCCUGAAGCAAGUGCAGAAAGAUCUCCUGAAAUUCAUCUAUGACGACACGAUCCUGAUUGGGCAUUCCAUCGAAAACGAUCUGAAAGUAUUAAAAAUCAUCCACAAGACUGUGAUCGAUACGUCUAUAACGUUCCCCCACAUGAACGGCUUUCCGUUCCGGCAGUCGCUCAAAGCGCUCACCAAGAACAUCCUGAAGCGCGACAUCCAGAUGCAGACGCAAAGUGGAGGAAGCCUGGUUGCGCAAUCGCAACAGUCUCAUCAUCAUCAUCACCAUCAUCACAUCAGUGCUGAGCUGACGGAUUGCGAUAGCAGCUGCAGCAGUAGGAACAGCAGUAGUAGUAAUAGUGCUAGUAGCAAUAGUAGUAAUUCAUUCGGCCACUGUUCCCUCGAGGACAGCCGGGCCAGCCUAGAACUUAUGCUUUGGCGCGUACGCAAGGACAAAGCAGCUUAUGACAAUAUCUGGAGUAACAACAACCUCAGUUGUUAUCGAGUGCAGAAUUAAUUAAAAGGAAAAUUGCUGUGAUUAUAUAUACUUUUUUUUUUAAUUUAUUAAUUUUAAACCGUCCGUCUCGUGCGGAACAUCACGAGUAACACCUGUUGUAGAUGGUUACUUAAUUGUGUGAUGAAUAAAAGAUACUGAAUAGGGAGCCAUUUUUUUCUCACUUGA